GUACUCUCUGUAAGCCCUGCCCUGAAGGAACCUUUAUGGACCAUCUGACUUCUCGUCCAGUCUGCUACAACUGUAAAAGCUGUGAUGAAGGUUCUGGUCUGAAGAUGAAGACGUCGUGUACGAUAGUAUCAGACACAGUUUGUGAACCUCUGGAAGGAUUUUACUGCUCAGACUCUAGAAAGGACGACUGUGUGGAAGCAAGGAAACACAGAUGCUGUAAACCAGGAGAAUACAUCACAGAACACGGAACUUCCUCCACAGACACCGUCUGCUCGAUCUGCUCUGAUGGAACAUUUUCAAACGGGACGUUUCCAUCUUGUCAGAAUCACACACAAUGUGAAUCAAAGGGUCGAGAGCUGCUGAGAGCAGGAACUGAGACAGAGGACGCUCAGUGUGGAGGACUGUUACACAGGACUGUACUGAUUAACUCCGUUGUUGUGAUGUCUUUAUUCUCUGUACUUUUAGUUUGUUAUCUCGCAUGGUGGAUAAUAAGACUUAUAAUCUCAGAAGUCAUAGCAGCAGUACUCUACUACCAGGAGGGUAUGAAUUCAGGACAAUCAUCUCAGCAGAGUCUGAUGUCAGAUGACUCCAAAGAGUCGAAGGAUGAGACGGUUCAGGAUCCUGUUCUGGUCCAGCUGCUGGAUCCUGACACACUUUGUUAAUAUCUGUUUAUAUGUAUAUAUGUGUUUAUAUUGAUAUUUAUAUCUAUUUUCUUAUCUAGUCUCGUUUUGUUUUUCUGAGACGAUGAUUGGACACAAACACUUUCAACAGCGUUCCAUCGGCUCUCUCACCAUCAAGUUUCUCUUGCAUUUCUUGUUACUAUUGUAAAAAGGAAUAAAUAAAAAGAUUUGACUUAA